CUUUAGCUGGACAAGGACGGCCUGUCGGAACAAACAUCCACGAGUGUUCCUUACCAAACAAAACCAAACCGGUCAAAAUAAUGUUUUUUUUCUAACUAAUAAACGAAAUUCUGUAUCCAAUUCUUGGUUCGAUUUUCGGUUUGUCAAUACUCAAAACCAAUCGAUUUGAAUUUUUUUUUAAAUAUCCGUAGAUAUAGAGAGAGAUUACUUACAUUACAACUCUGCUCAAAUUGAGAGAGAGAGAGAGAGAGAUCCGUUUGAGCUUCACUUUUGCUAUCUCGAUUCUGUCUGACUAAGUUUUCUCGCUUGUCCCUCGAGAGAUCGGCGGUUUUUGUUGUUGUUUUGGCCAACUUCUGGACUCGCCGUAGCAGAACCAGAAUCACGUCUUCUUCUCGCAUUGGCACAAUCAAAGUCGUGUUCUUGGUGGUAAAACAGAAACCAGACUCUUAAGUCUCUUCAAACCAUACGAUGAACGAUCUUCUAAAGGGUUCGUUUGAGCUUCCACGAGGUCAAUCUUCUAGAGGAGGAGAUGUUGAACUAGGCGAACAAGCAAAUGAUCAAGGUUUAGAUGAUUUCUUCAAAAAGGUUCAAGAAAUUGACAAACAAUAUGAAAAGCUUAAUAAGCUUCUCAAGAAAGAAACUUCAGGCUGCCCAUGAGGAGUCAAAAGCUGUGACCAAAGCUCCUGCCAUGAAGGCAAUAAAGAAGAAAAUGGAAAAAGACGUUGAUGAAGUCGGAAGUAUUGCCCGUUUCAUAAAGGGGAAACUCGAGGAGCUUGACAGAGAGAACCUGGCAAAUAGACAAAAACCAGGGUGUGGGAAAGGAUCUGGUGUGGAUCGAUCAAGAACAGCAACAACACUUUCCUUAAAGAAGAAGUUUAAAGACAAGAUGGCUGAGUUUCAGGUUCUAAGAGAGAACAUCCAACAAGAGUAUCGCGACGUUGUUGAUAGGCGCAUUUUUACAGUAACUGGGCAGCGAGCGGAUGAAGAUACAAUUGAUGAAUUGAUUGAAACUGGAAACAGCGAACAGAUCUUCCAGAAAGCGAUUCAGGAGCAAGGCAGAGGACAGGUAAUGGACACAUUGGCGGAAAUACAAGAACGUCAUGAUGCUGUCAGAGACUUGGAAAAGAAACUUCUUGACUUACAACAAAUUUUUAUGGACAUGGCAGUUUUGGUUGAUGCACAAGGAGAAAUGCUUGACAACAUAGAAUCUCAGACCAUGGACAGGAUACUAUCUUGGAAUAGCUCUGUAAAUGGAGUUUGUGUUUUGUGUCAAGAGGAGGAAGAAACUUGCCAGCAUCUGUUCUUUAGUUGCAAAUACUCGAGUAAGGUCUGGAAAGAAACGAUUGGAGGCAUUUUGAAGGAAGCAUAUACUACAAGAUGCACUGAGAUCAUUGAAGUCAUUUCUCGAAAUAGAAGCAACCCGUCUGAGACUUUUAUUGUGAGAUAUGCAUUUCAAACUCUUGCUCAUAGUAUAUGGAGAGAACGAAAUGCUAGAAGGCAUGGUGAACAGCCUAAUGAUGAGAAGAAGCUUAUAAAGAUAGUAGACAAAAUGAUCCGGCUAAAACUGCUAUUGGUGAAAGGAAAAGGAAAGAGAUAUUUGGAUGAAGCGUUGAUAAGGUGGCUGGAUACAAGGAUAUGAUGUUUCGAAUUUUGGAGCUUGCUGUGAUUGUGGGUCUUGAUGGUAUCUACUUAAGAAGGAGUGUUGGUGGUGUUAUGGGUUUUUUGGAUGUUUCUACGAAGAAGAAUUUGCAAGAUGCGAGUUUUCAGGUUGUCAUCAAGCGUUCAAAGGAAGGUUUGGAUUCUGAAAAGGAAAGUGGUAAUCCCUUUGCUGUGAUGAUUCUUACUCUUUUUCCUCAUUGGAGUUUUGUCCCAAUUGGGUUUUCUCCAAUGAGGUUUUAAUGAGGAGAAUCUCAUGGUACUUCCAAGCUUGAUUUUCAUGGUUGAGCUUGAGGGGAAAGCGGAGAUAGAGAUAGUUUUUUUCUUUUAUGGGUUUAUCCUAUUAUUGUUCUUCAAAUUAUGUUGCACUAGUUGUAAAAUGUUUUGAUUGAAUAAAAUUUUACAUUCAUUCAAAAAAAAAAAAAGAGUAGU